AUGGCACUUCACGAGACAGUACUGGAGUACGUUAGAAAAGAGAUAGAAGGAGAGGCGUACAACAGAAUGGAGCUGUAUAAAGCCGUGGAAGAGAUUCCCGAAAAAGAAAAGAAGCAGGCUCUUCGCAGGAUAUGUUCAUUGAUCAAAAAAUCCAUAUUGGAAAGUGUGCUGCCGGUUGCAGAGUGCUACACGCGGUGGCUAAAGACAGAGAGAUCCUUCCAGUGCGUCCUCUCUGCGCUGAACAUCCAGCAGGGAAGAAUAAAAAAACUAACUUCACUUUCUCUGCACAAAACAGUCACUCGAUCUGUCCUGCAGCUCACAAAGAUCAAAAAAGACGAAGAAAUUAGAACUUUGGUCCAGAUGGUAAGAGAUUCUAUGCAGGGCGAAAAAGAAGAGCAGACAUGCAGAGCACUGCGCAUUCAGCUGUUUCUUUUGACACGCAUCAAAGAAGAAAAAAGAGUGGAAAGAGAGAUAUUGAGAGUGUACACAAGCGCAGCUGAGGUGCACAUACAAGAAGUAAAGGAGGCAUAUAAGGCACACACACCCAGUGAUAUAAAAAUGAAAAUAGAAAAUGUAAAAAAAACUCCUGGACUGUUUAUCUUUGCAAAAGGCUUGACAAAAAAGCUGAAAAGAUCAGUUCAGCAGCAAAUUGCAGCACUGGCAAUAGACAGAUCAGUGUACAGUGCGCAGGAUGUCCUUGUUCUGCUCAAAAGCAAUGAAGUUGGUGCUGUCUCAGAAAUACUGAACUGCAAACUUCCAAAACAAAGCAGACUUUCACUGAGAGAUAUGGUGCAAGCUGCGAUUUUCCAAUACACAGCUGAAAAUAGGUACGAUAAGCUGCUGGAGAUAUAUAAGAAGCCAUGGACAGGAAGAGCCCCUCAAAUAGUAAAGAGCAUUGUAGCCUGCAUAUCCAAAGAGGCUGUCAAAUCCUCCCUAGAAGAAUAUUGCAGAAUCGUGACAUCGAAAAUAAGACUGCUCUUUUUGUCAAAGGA